ACGAGGCGGAAGUGGCCGUGCGUGUGACGCCGCGGGCGGCGGGGAGGGGGGCGGGCGCUGGGGCCGAGAGCGGUUCGCGCGCUUCGGGCCUAGUCCGGACUGGCCGCCGCCGCCGCCGCCGCCAUAUUCCCGUGGCCGCUCUCCCGCCCUCGCCCAGCGCCCGGGCCCGCGAUCGCCCCGCCGGAGCCAUGUCCGAAGGAGUGGACUUGAUCGAUAUCUACGCGGACGAGGAGUUCAACCAGGACCCAGAGUUCAACAAUACAGAUCAGAUUGACCUGUAUGAUGACGUAUUGACAGCCACCUCCCAGCCAUCAGAUGACAGAAGCAGCAGCACUGAGCCACCACCUCCUGUGCGCCAGGAACCAUCUCCCAAGCCCAAUAACAAGACCCCCGCAAUUCUGUACACCUAUAGCGGCCUGCGCAAUAGGCGAGCCGCUGUCUACGUGGGCAGCUUCUCCUGGUGGACCACAGACCAGCAGCUGAUCCAAGUUAUUCGCUCUAUAGGAGUCUAUGAUGUGGUGGAGUUGAAAUUUGCAGAGAAUCGAGCAAAUGGCCAGUCCAAAGGGUAUGCUGAGGUGGUGGUUGCCUCAGAAAACUCUGUUCACAGAUUGUUGGAACUCCUGCCGGGAAAAGUUCUUAAUGGAGAAAAAGUGGAUGUGAGGCCGGCCACCCGGCAAAACCUGUCACAGUUUGAGGCACAGGCUCGGAAACGUGAGUGCGUCCGAGUCCCAAGAGGGGGAAUACCUCCAAGGGCCCACUCGCGGGACUCUAGCGACUCUGCCGAUGGACGGGCCACGCCCUCCGAGAACCUUGUCCCCUCAUCUGCCCGUGUGGAUAAGCCCCCCAGUGUGCUGCCCUACUUCAGCCGCCCCCCGUCAGCCCUCCCCCUCAUGGGCCUGCCCCCGCCCCCUAUCCCCCCCCCACCGCCGCUCUCCUCGAGCUUCGGGGUCCCUCCUCCCCCUCCUGGCAUCCACUACCAGCACCUCAUGCCCCCUCCUCCCCGACUACCUCCUCAUCUGGCUGUCCCUCCCCCUGGGGCCAUCCCGCCCGCCCUUCACCUCAACCCGGCCUUCUUCCCCCCACCAAACGCCACAGUGGGGCCCCCACCCGACACUUACAUGAAGGCCUCGGCGCCCUAUAACCACCAUGGCAGCCGAGAUUCGGGCCCUCCGCCCUCUACAGUGAGCGAAGCUGAGUUUGAAGAGAUCAUGAAGCGGAACAGGGCGAUCUCCAGCAGUGCCAUCUCCAAAGCAGUGUCUGGAGCCAGUGCAGGGGAUUACAGUGACGCCAUCGAGACGCUGCUCACAGCGAUCGCCGUUAUCAAACAGUCCCGGGUCGCCAACGACGAGCGCUGCCGAGUCCUCAUCUCCUCCCUGAAGGACUGUCUGCAUGGCAUCGAGGCCAAGUCCUACAGCGUGGGUGCUAGCGGGAGCUCGUCCAGGAAAAGACAUCGGUCCCGAGAGAGGUCGCCCAGCCGGUCCCGAGAGAGCAGCAGGAGGCACCGCGACCUGCUUCAUAACGAAGAUCGGCAUGACGAGUAUUUCCAGGAGCGGAACCGGGAGCACGAGAGACACCGGGAUAGAGAGCGGGACCGGCACCACUGAGAAAGGAGUCUGGUUGGAAGCAAAUGUUUUUUUAAUGGACUUGCAUCUCCUCACCUUGAUCAGGACUAAAGGACGGAGGCCACUCCACCCCUCCCCCCUUCCAGCCCCCAAAACUCCCUCCAGACACCCAGGGAUACCCUCUGCCCUGCAGACGGAAGAUGCCCGCCGGCCCUCCAGCCCCGCGUCUCCUGUUUGCUAGGGGAGGAACGCAGAGACUGUCACGCGCUCGGGAGGGAUGGCGGACAGCGGCGUGGCCAGGCCCCCGGUUUCCAUAGAGAAUGGUGCUUUGUCCAAGGAAACCGAGUUUCUGAUUGUCGGGAGCAGUUCAGUGUGCCUGGCGGGAGGGCUUCCUUCCCGCGGGAAACGCAGCCUCCGUGUGGGAUUCUAGGAGCGUGCUGGGUGUGCCAAAAUAUGCCCAGGGUCCUGCCCUCAGCACUACGCUUGAUGGGGCCAAGAGGGUCCGAACCCUUUUCUGACUCACCACUACUUUGUUGCGACUCCCUUUUCCUUCCCAGCCCUUGGGAAGGAGGGACCAUGAGGGUAGAAGUUGCUUUCGGAGAAGCCGCUCUUGUUCUGGCUUCUCCCUCUUCCAUAGUGACGGUUUGUUCCCCUGACCCGACCCCCCCCCCCCCCCCCCGCCCUCCCGCUGCCCGGCCUCCUCGCCGGGGCGGCCCGCCCGUGGCCUCCCGCAGAGCAGCCCUCCCAGGUGUCGCCUCUCCUGGUGCUGGCCCGGGCCGCCCUCCUGCCAGCAGGCUGCUUCCUUGUUGUAGAGGAAGGCCCCGCCCCGGCGCAGCGCGGGGAGCGGCGGGGCGGGCGCGGCCAGGCCCACGGGCGGGUCUGUUUUCAGGUCUGAUGUAAGCGUGGGCUUGCAUCCCCUCGGUCCACUUCCAGCUCGCGUGGGAGGACCUGGCGUGCGGCGGGCAAGUCAAGUCACAGGCUUGGUGUCUUUCCACCUUUCCCCUCCCAGCAGCUCCUCGUUCUGUCUCGGGGAGCUUCGCCCAGCCGGGGAGCACGGGGAGCACGGCGUCUGGCCGGGGCCGCUCGCCUCUGCCCUAAGGACCCCCACUGGAGGGUCGGUUUUGGUUCAGUUUUUUUUUUUUUUCUUUUUUUCCUUAACACGGGCGGAUGGAAUUGCUUUUCCAUGACAUCCUUUUGUGUGGGCGUGGCCGCAGGGUGCCGGGGUGCCCAGUUUGCGGGUCACCUGGCACGAAGAGACGAGUGUGGGAGAUGAGACCUGGCUCUCGAGGCAGGGGCAUGGAGUCGAGGGCUGAGGCUGAGCUGGCCGGAGCCCUUGCCGGGCGCAGGGUCUGAAAGCUGCGUCCCCUCGGGACAAAGGCUACAAGUUCAUAGCUUUUCCCCUGCCCCGCCCCCGCCCCGGGAUCUGGCCCACCUCCUUCGGAACACGGCACCCUGCCCCACCGGCCAAGUGUUAAGUGAUGACUAGCUCCGGGUGUCUUUUUUAAAAUGUAGAAAAACCAAGUAAGGUGACUGUUUAAGGGGAAAAAAAAAAUAUAGAGAAUACCAGAAAAAGCUGUUGACCCAGAGAAAUUUUUUUUCUCCCCCAUUUUGUUUCGUUUUUACUCGAUGACACAAAUUUUAGUUUUAUUUCCUGAUAGCAAAAAGGCAAAGAGAAAAAAAACCCAACCCUCAAAAAGGCCACGGCCCCGUCCCCUGCUGUCGGUGAUUCGUUUGUCUUUCUGAUAGGUUGAAAAAUUGUGUAAUAAACUUGAUGACGCUGUCAAUCUUUUAUACUGCAUUGUAUUUUUUUCCUUUUGUAACAGAAUAUUUUUAAAUAAUAAAUGGGGUGUGAGCUGUUUUACGGA